GGACGGAGGGAAUGCAACACUGAGCUGAGCACCUGAUGAGCACAUCAACAGCAAGAGACAAAGACACAAACUGCUCUCAACUGUUACCAUGAAGGCCACACUUGCCACCAUCGCUGUCCUUGCCCUGGCUCUCUGGACCUCUGAGGCUGUGCAGGUUGAAGAGAAUGGAUUGUCUUUCUCGCUGGAAGCCGUCAAGAGGCUUCAGGAGCUGACAGAGAGCAGCAGUGCGACAGGACACCAAAACCCGCGACUCAGGGUUAGCACCAUGUCCCACUGUGCCAACCCCAUGCUCCCACAGGAGUUCCUGCCCCUCUGUAAGCAGAGAGGAGCAUCUGCAUCCCUCACCAGACUAGCUGUGGUUCCCAUUGAUGUCUGUGAGAUCUGCGCCUUUGCUGCCUGUACUGGCUGCUAAAGAAACCCAGCACGCCAGAAACAUCUUACCCAGCUUAAGACUUGUGAUUUUUUCCUCCCACUCAAAACUAUUUCAGGGAAUUUCUAAAAUGUUUGCCUGCAGUGAUGAGACAAUGACUUUAUGUUCCAGGAAUACAGAGGUUCUGACUCUGGCCCAUUGGGCACUUUAUAUACAUUUUUAAGUCGCUGUUAGACAAAUAUAUUUAGACAAAAAUACCCCCAAAAAGAAAAAAAUCUGAUAAACUGAGGUAUGUUUUUUUGCAAACUGUUACUUUGUAUCAUUUAUCAUACAAUUUAUUUUAAAAUUUACAUUGUUACAUUUCUAUCUUGCCAAGCUUUGUUUCUUUUUUCCCCUCUUUUUUAUUAACAUUGUUUUGAAUAAAAAGCCUUCACUGACA